CUGCCGCAGGAGGCGGUGCUUUCGGUGGAAAAACCACUACUCUCGCGCGGUCACGGUGCUGUCACGUACACCAGCGGCACAGCCGGAUGUUUUACAGUAAAUGACCAAAACUCUCGGUAUUUUAUCAAGUCAUCUUCCCGGCGAACAGUGAAUCAGGAGGCGUUAUAAACAUCUCACGGAAACGAACACUGAGCUUCAUUGAGAGACGCUGUUUUAGGGAAAAGCUGAAAAUGCCGCUGGGUGAAGAGAAGAAUGGGACAUGCGACAGGUCAAUAUAUGUGAACAAUCCCCAUUUGGACUCCAUGACAGAUGACAUCCUUUACCAUUUUAACCUGGGAACAUCCACGCACGACUUGGCAGCGAUGUUUGGAGAUGUCAAAUUUGUGUGCGUAGGGGGAAGUCCAUGGAGGAUGAAGUCUUUCACUGAAUACAUUGCCAAAGAACUGGGGAUUUCAGACCCCAAUGCAGAAUAUCCAAAUAUAUGUGCAGGAACCGAUCGCUACGCCAUGUAUAAAAUUGGACCUGUGCUGUCUGUCAGUCAUGGCAUGGGCAUCCCAUCAAUCUCUAUAAUGUUGCAUGAGCUUAUCAAGCUCCUUUAUCAUGCCCGCUGCACUGAUGUCACCGUAGUGCGCAUUGGAACAUCAGGGGGAAUAGGUUUAAAGCCAGGGACUGUGGUGAUUACCAAACAGUCGGUCGAUUCUGUGUUUGAGCCUCGCUUUGAGCAGAUCAUCCUGGGUAAAACAGUGGUCAGGAGCACAGAACUCGAUGGGGAACUUGCAGAAGAGCUGCUUCAGUGUGGCAAAGAACUUGCAGAGUUUGAGACUGUCAUUGGUAACACAAUGUGCACCCUUGACUUCUAUGAAGGUCAAGCGCGGCUGGAUGGGGCCUUCUGCUCAUACACCGAAGAAGAUAAACAGAGCUAUCUUGCUGAAGCCUAUGCCGCUGGGGUUCGUAACAUUGAGAUGGAGUCAUCUGUGUUUGCGGCUAUGUGCAAACUGAGCAAUCUUCGAGCUGCGGUUGUGUGUGUAACACUGCUGGACAGACAGAAAGGAGACCAGCUGACCAGCUCUCAUGACGUCCUGAAUAACUACCAGCAGCGACCUCAGGCCCUGGUCGGGCAUUACAUCAAAAAGAAGCUGAAUGCCUCCAAGAAAAGCUAGUUCACUACUAGCCAGAAAACUUUACAAGCAAACUUUCAGAGAGCUGAAGGUAGGGAACAGUAUAGUGCAGUUUUGAUAAGGACAAUGAUUAUAUUAAUAUAUGGUAAAAAAAAAAAAAAACAUGCAGCUCUUAAAUUUUUUUUCAGUUUUAUUUAAAAAAACAAAAAACAAAAACAAACAAAGACCAAAGUAACAAAUACCUUAAAUUUCUAUGGUUUAGCACUGCGGUUACUAACAAGCUCAUGCAAAUGAAUGACUUGAAUGUAAUACCUUCUUUUACUUGUUUUGAAAUGAUAAUAGGCACAUUAUCUUUUAGACGGUUUGAUUUGUCUUAAAUACGGGAUAUUUAUUACUGUUUUAAAAGUUACCUGUAUUAAAACUACUCCUGAUGAAGUAGUUGUGUAAAAGGGAAAGAUGUUUUAGAAAUGAGAGAGAAUUAAGCAGUUUAGGCACUAGUUACAUUAGAAGGGUCCAAAGAGCAUUUUCAAAUGACCGUAAACCUCUCUUGCUUAUGUUUGUCUCUGUAUGGUUGUUACAAACAGUUUGUAAAAUUCUACUGUAAUGAUCACAAACGUCUUAAGGAGAAAUAUUAUGCAAUAUUUAAGUUUGCAAUGUUUAACAUGCAAGUUGUUUUUUUUAAUUCUGUCACUGAAUGUUUUGUUAUACAGCAUUCUGAGAAAUAAAACACAAAGAUCAAGUAAUUUCAUAAAUAAAAGUUGUAUGAAGCUAAUUUCUCAUUAAAUGCAAAAAAAAACAA